AUGGAAGAUGAUGGGGAUGACGCUCGAUGGCUUCGGAAGAGAUCGCUGCUUGAAGAGAUCCCGAUCAACGUGCCGGAAGAGGGAAAUGAAGCGAAGAACGGACGGUUCGAUGUCAAUGACUGCUCACAGCGCUCCCAAGACCCCGACCUGCUCGAAGUUGCCGGAUUCCGCGAAUUCCUCGCCGCCCAUCCACAAUCCUGGGAUUGGCUUAACGCCUGCGGCAGCGAGCGGUUCAAGAUCGGAUUCGGCCUGUUCUGGGUGGUGGAGCACGAGCAGAACGAGCUGCUCCAAUAUCUGCUCAAGCUCGAGCCCGAAAAGGCGCUUUGUAUGGACAACGACGGCCGGACGGCGCUUCACCACGCCGCCUCCCUGCUCAACGUCGACGCGUGUGGCGCCGACCCGGUGGCCCGGUGCAAGAAGGAGAGAACCCCGCUGAUGUGGAUGGUCGAGAAAGCGACGAAGGAUACGGAAGGGGAGGGACAGCCAAGGAAUCAACCUCGAACCAAAGCCCCACCACCCAAUUCUGGCCCCACUUUCAAUGCCAUCACCACCAUCACUCGGCUCUUCUAUGAGAAGACGAAUCUCGAGCCAGAUGUCGUCAAUCGUGUCUUCGGUCAAGAACUCAUCACAAGGGCUUUCAACAAGUACUGGGAAUCGUUGGCCGUGUGGUUCCUCUCUACAUUUGUCCGCGCGCCCAUCCGCUUCGAAGAGCACGGCAAUUUCCUCAAUUUCGACGACGACUCCACCCAGACCUUGAUGCGUAUCCCCGUGCAGCAGCGCGUGUUCUUCCAUGUCUACUACGCGGCCCACCUCGGCUACAGGAAGUAUCUUCGCCGAGUCGCAUCGAUCGAUUUCACGCAAUUUGAGCAUGGCUGCGACAAGCUGAUCGCCCAUGCCGUCAGCAACAAUCAGUACGAGACGGUGCACGUCAUCUGCAAGCUGUUCAUAGAAAACGAUGCCGAGGAGGCGCUGCAACGUCUUCUCAACGUUCACCUAUUUCGAAAUCGCUCCCUGACGACGAUGUGGUACGCCGUGUACCGCCUCAACUACCCCACAAUCGAACUGCUGCUCUCCAUGGGAGGCAACAUCGACGAGCGCUGCGAUUCGCUGGAUCGUCCAGAUAGAAUGGAAUGGGCAUAUCGACGAGCGAUUAUGCAUGACCGAGCGGAUAUUCUCGAGUUGUUGAUCAUCCACUACAACCAGCACAACAAGCGAUUCCCCGUCGGACAGAUAAACAAGCUGUGGGGCUAUUGUGUGGAUGAUGGGGCGAUUGAAUGUCUCCGCGUCAUCGACAAUCACUUUGCCCGCCCCAGAUGGUCAUUUCUCGCUGAGGAUUGGGAUCCGCAGACGUAUGUUUGUCGUUGGGUCGAAGAUUCGGAAUUUCGUGCCUAUAUGCCGGGUAUUUCGUUGACGCAGAAAUUCCUGCGCGAAUGCACCCCCUACUCGCGGCGGGAACCGAAUCGAUUGUGGACGGAUAUGGGACGCUGUCUCCGGGCCCUCAAGAUUAUUAUCGACGGAGAGAACCCAGAAGACAUUGGCUGGGCCCUUCAGAUGGAGAUGUUAUUCGUGAUGCCAUUCGUCCGUUGCCAUUCUAUUCGAAAGAUUAUCCUCCAAUCACUCCCCAAAUGGCCAUUCCGCGACGAUACUCUUUUCGAUCAAUUUGACGGGCCCAUCAUUAAGCACUUUGCGCGUGCGGAGGGUCUGUAUCCGGGUGUUGGCCAAGAUGUGAUGCGAUAUGGAUUGAGAAUGGAGAUGAAACAGUGCCCGUGUUGUGACUGCAAGACAGCCGAUGCGAUCAACCCUCGUCGUUCCCUCGUGUCCCUGACCAUCAAUUGUUCCGAAUUCUUCCUCCGUAUCCCAAUGUGUCCCAAGAUGAACGCCUACUUUCGAGAAGCCAAGGGCUGCGAGAACGUGUGCCCAAUCGCGUCCCUGGCCUCUCAUUGUCGUGCCACUAUUCGUCGUCAAAUCCCAAUGAAUCGACUGGUUGAUGAUGAGGAAUGGGUAGAUGAUCUUCUCAGAGAUAUCGGAGUACGCGACGAUAUCAAACAAUAUCUUCUACACAAAGCCCCCGCUCACACUCACUUUCGAGUGCCCGAAGGAUAUGCUCAGCCUCCUGCUCAAGUUGACGCUCCGGCUGCUGAACCUGUUGCUGAUGACGCGAUGGAUGUCGAACCGGCUGAACGUGGUGCUGACGUUGCUGAGGAUGCGAUGGAUGCUGAACUUGUUGCUGGCGUGCCGGUAGCCGUGCAACCUGCCGAAGCUGUCGCGGACGCUGCUAUGGACGCCGAACCUGUUGCUGACGUUGCUGAGGCUCCUAUCGAUGUUGAACUUGUUGCUGAGGUGCCUGGAGUUGCCCAACCGGCUGAACUUGUCGCUGACGCUGCUAUGGACGCCGAGCCGGCUGAACGUGUUGCUGAUGAUGCCCCAGCUGCUUCGCCUGCCUCGUCUACUGCU